UUGGGAAAGUGAGCUGGCCGGGCGGCAGUUGUUUUCUGUCCGUGUAGCUCCUUAACGUCUGCCGCUGUAUCCACCGCGCGAGCGGCUGUUAGCUCCCGCACAAAGAGCGAGGUCUUGCUAAGCAGCUACACCCACACACUCUUCCGUCUCUCCUAUAAAAGAUGGAUACAUUUCAGAAGGUGGAAAAGAUAGGAGAAGGGACGUACGGAGUGGUUUACAAAGCCAAGAACAAACUGACCGGAGAAACUGUUGCUCUGAAGAAAAUCCGACUGGACACAGAAACGGAGGGUGUUCCAAGCACAGCUAUCCGAGAAAUUUCACUUCUCAAAGAACUCAGUCACCCAAACAUUGUCAAACUGCGAGAUGUCAUCCACACAGAAAACAAGCUCUACCUUGUUUUCGAGUUCCUCCAUCAAGAUCUGAAGAAGUUCAUGGACUCCUCCACCGUCACUGGCAUCCCACUGCCUUUGGUUAAGAGUUACCUUUUCCAGCUGCUGCAAGGCCUGGCUUUCUGCCACUCUCACAGAGUUCUUCAUCGAGACCUAAAGCCACAGAACCUCCUCAUCAACGCGCAGGGUGAGAUCAAGCUGGCUGACUUUGGCCUGGCGAGGGCCUUUGGGGUCCCUGUACGCACAUACACACACGAGGUGGUAACACUUUGGUACAGAGCACCAGAGAUCCUCUUGGGCUGCAAAUACUACUCCACAGCUGUUGACAUCUGGAGUCUGGGGUGCAUCUUUGCUGAAAUGAUCACCAGGAGGGCUUUAUUCCCCGGCGACUCUGAGAUAGAUCAGUUAUUCAGGAUCUUUCGCACACUGGGAACUCCUGAUGAGACCGUCUGGCCCGGAGUCACAUCGAUGCCAGACUACAAACCAUCCUUUCCCAAGUGGGCUCAGCAGGAUUUAUCCAAAGUGGUGCCUCUUCUUGAUGAGGAUGGAAGAGAACUGCUGGGAGAAAUGCUGAAUUAUGAUCCAAACAAAAGGAUUUCUGCCAAAAAUGCACUUGUACAUCGAUUUUUCCGGGACGUCACCAUGCCGACUCCUCAUCUGAGACUUUAAUUUGUGCAAAGUUGUCGGGGUGUUUAAACACCAUUAACAUCUAAGCAAUAAGGACCACUUGCCUUGU